UAUUUAGUGAACCCGCGUGUCACCGCAGCAGCGAUCCCAGCGAAGGCGUUACCAACCCAUAAAAACUUAAAUAUUUCUUUAUAGAUACUUUUUUGUCUCGUCUGCGCAGCGUACAAUUGAUUUACACACAGUGGACAAAGACUCUGUGCUGACUCACAUCCUGAAAUUAACCGACAUGUCGACACUUCUUGGUGGAGAGCUCCCUGUCAGUGUCAUCAACAACAAUAAGUACAUAUCCCCACUGACUGCUGGAGCUCAGACGACAGACAGAAAUGAGGAAGAUGACUUGCCCUCCCUUGAUUGUGCCAUUCACGCCGCUCUGUGUGGUGACAUGAAAACCGUGAUACUGGUCGGUCCUGAGGGUGUGGGUAAAACCACAGCUUUGGAGAAGCUGGUUGUGGGCUGGGCGAAAGGAGAGCACCUUCAAAAGUUUACUCAUGUUUUCCAUUUUAGGCUCAAGGAGUUAAAUUCUCUUAAUAGGACGCUGUCUUUGGAGGCGUUACUGCUACAACAUCAUGGUCAUGUCCCUCCUGAGUCUGUGCCCCUACUGCUGCAGAAGCCUAAGGAUGUGUUGUUUGCAUUUGAUGAUCUGGAUCGAUACAAACACAGCCUGGACCCGUCCGUCCACACCCUCUGCUCUGACCCUACGCAGACAGUCUCUGUGUCCUGUCUAGUGUCCAGUUUGCUUCAUGGAUCGCUGCUGAAAGGAGCUGCCUUCGUGGUGGCCACCAGGCCGACUGGAUGUCUGGAGCAUCUGAGCGGCACCCGGGUGGAGGUGUUGGGGUUUCUGAAGCCGCAAAGAGAGGCCUACUUUAAGGGGUUCUUCACCGACCCAGCUGCUGCCACCAAAGCACGAACACACAUGGAGAGGACUUUAGGCUUUUAUGAUAUCUGCACCUCCCCGAAGUUUUGUUGGACAGUUUGUUGUGUUUACAAAUCUCUGAUGGAUGCUGGAGCAAAACUUCCUGAAACAUUAUCUCAGUUGUUUGUAGACAUCCUGGUGUACCUGAUUCAGACGCUCUCGCUGAGCCAAACGUGCAGCAGAGAUCUGGUUUUGGCCCUCGGGAAGAUGGCAAAUCAUUGCUCCUCUGACCUGCAUUCAAGCUGCACCAAAGAGGAAAUUGAUUCAUUUGGUAUAAAACCAUUUCUCACAUCAGUUGGUGUUUUCUUGCAUGUUGAGGGUGACCAGUCAGAUGGACGUGUCUUCUCCUUCCACUCCAAACUGAUUCAAGAGUUCCUCUUGGCCUUGUCUUUCUUUUUGGACAAGUCAUCCUCUGAGGGUGUGGAGAAGAUGCUGGAGAAGCAGAAAGACUGUGCAAAGUUUCUGGAUUUCUUCUUGUCAGGGCUCUCAGAGCCGCUUCAGCACACACCGCUGGAGACCCUGCUGGGGGAGCUGAACGCUGAAAGGAUCAUGGAUUUCAAACGCUGGUUUAAAAGCAGCUCGGUGGAGACGCUGAAGGGGUGCUACAAAGACAAGCACUACCGCUGCUUCCACCUGCUUCACCAAGCUCAAAAUAAGAGUUUGGUGAAAGAGAUCAUCACCCCCUCAGCACGAAUAGGCAUCAGCUACGGAGACGUGAGCCUCCAGGACUGUGCAGCUCUGAAUUAUGUUUUCAUGUGCCUCGGUGAGGUGGAGCAGUUGAAUCUGUACCGUACAAGGAAUCUGACGGAGGAGGAAGCAGAGAUGCUGGCUCCAACUAUGAGCAUAUCGCAUAAGAUAAUUUUGUCAGGGAGCACCUUGAGCGUUGGCGCUGUCCGUCAUCUGGCUUCAGCUCUCAGCGGAGGACUGACCGAGGAGCUGGAUCUCUCUAACAGCCGCCUCGGAGAUGAGAAGUUCAAAAUUCUCUGUGCUGGACUCAAAGACUGCAAGCUGCACACAUUAAAAAUUUUAGCGUGCAGACUGACGGAGGGAAUCUGUGAAGACCUGUCGUCUGUCCUGACCUCAGCCACCUCUCAGCUGUGUGUGUUAGACAUGAGGAGUAAUGAGAUCGGGGACCAGGGCCUCACCAAACUGUGCAAAGCACUGCAGAGUCCUCACUGCAAACUACAGACACUACUGCUUCAACUCUGUGAGUUGACUGCAGCAUCCAUGGAGCCUUUAUCAGCAGCUGUGUGUUCCGGCCAAUCAGAGUUGAGAAAGCUGGACCUGAAUCAAAACGCAAUUGGUGAUGGAGGAGUGGAGACUUUGUGCAAGUCCCUGCAACACCCACUUGGUAAACUGCAGACCCUCACUUUCUUUGAUAGUGAGCUGACCGGUGCAUGCUGUCCUCAUUUGAUGGAGGCCUUGAUGUCCGAGCACUGCUCCCUGUCAGAGCUGGAUCUGUCAGUGAAUGAUCUGGGCCAGGAGGGGGCGCUGCUGCUCUGCCAAGCGCUCAGCCGACCUGGAUGUCCAAUGGAAAAACUAGGCUUGAAACGCUGUGAGUUAACCCAGCCGGUCUUCAAGGAGCUGAGCUCAGUGCUGAUGAGUGGCACUUCAAGACUCAAGUCCCUAAUUGUGGGUAUAAAUGCAGUGGGAGAUCAAGGGGUUAAACAUCUCUGGGAUGCCGUUGCACACCCAAACUGUCUGUUGGAAGAACUGGAUGUUGAGAUGAGCGGUUUGACGGACGCUUGUGUUAAGGACUUGUGUGCUGCAGUAAGAGCCAGUAAGACCCUGAAGAGCCUGGAACUGAGAAACAACUCCCUCACUGAUGUUUCCGUCCCUGCCCUCGUCCAAGUCAUGCAGGACAGCCACAACAUGCAGGAGAUGAACCUGAAGUACAAUGACUUCUCUGAAGAGGUUUUCAACAUGUUGAACGAGUGUGAUAAAAUAAGUCUAACAGAAGCAGGGAGGUCUGGUGCACAGUGUCUGUCAUCUCCCUCGGUAUCCCCCCUCCUCACGGCUUGGACUGGUCCGUUUCGCAUCUGAAAAAAUCUGAUAGUUGGAGAAGAGUUCUUCAUGCCAGGGACCGCUGUAGCCUCAGCACACAGAGUACUGUAGCUCCUGGA